CGCUGGUGCAUCAAAGCUGUAUACUCGGGAUCAAGAAGAGUUAGUCUGUUUAAACAGACGUAGAAAAGCUAGAUGUCAUUAUAGUAUAAAUAUACUGCUAGUGUCCUGCUAGAUUCAUCACAACAACCUCAAGCUUUCAACUCUCCUUCAAGAUUACAACGUUAAAUCUACUAAGUGCCACCUCAACUUCUUCACUCUUUUAACCUUUAAAAUGCUCAAAACAAUUCUCCUCUCAAUCUUCGCGGUCGCUCUCCCUUCAGUCUCGGCUGUGGUGGACCCCGCGGUGAAAUUCAAUGUCUAUGGCGGCAAUGUGGCCUGCACCUUGGGAGUAGGAGGAGAUGGGUACAGUUACGCCGAUGAUGGCUGCAAGCCCCUCCCUAGAGAUCGUCUGGAUGUCAAGUACAUCGCGGACACCUGCCGCGUCUUUAUCUACCGUAACCGAGACUGCACUGGUGCGGAGCGCCAGGUCAGCACGAGUAUUGCCGAUGAUUGCAUUGACAUUCAGUACUUCCACUCAAUGAAGGUGUUCUGUCACUAG